CAUAUCCGACCUCCAAGAUGGUCUACCAAGUCUUCCAGGACAGCGUCCAAGUCCUUCCACUAGCAGAUGUCACCCAAAGCGCAAUGUCGGCGCCUACCUUGGACGCAGACGUCGACGAGCUCGAUGUCAUCACGCCCGCCAACUCCCUCGCUGUAUCUGCCGUUCCCUCAAUGCGCUCCAGUGUCGUCACACUUGUAGAAGAUGACAAUUCACCCCCUCCCAAGCUGCUGUCUCGCCGACAGAGCGCCCGUCAGCAGGGCUCGCGUAAGGUGUACAUCGACGGCCUGCGCCCACAAAAGAGCCCUGAGCCGUCACCUGCACCUCAGAAGAAAAGGCCGAGGUUGAGCGAGCCGGCGGAUGCAUUCAGCCAGAAGAAGCAGAAGAGGGAGGAUAAGAAAGCUACCACUGUAGUUAUCAACGCGCGCAAAGCGAAAGUCGAGGCUUCUCGCAAACGCUGGCUACUUCGGCACCGGGACAUCUUCGAACCUCUGCUCCCAUCUUCCACGUUCUUUGACCAUGUCGAGAAUGACAUCAACGAGACGGACGGCAACACAUCGUACGUUCCGUUCCGCAAGAUCGAGUGUCAGCCAGCACCUAUUCAGGGCGGCGAGAUGAAGGAGUAUCAGCUUCAAGGCCUCGCGUUUCUCGUGUACAUGUACAAGAAUGGCAUAAACUCGAUUCUUGGAGACGAAAUGGGCCUCGGAAAGACGCUCCAAACACUAUCCCUCUUCGCGUACAUCAAGGAGACGGAGCCCAAGGACAACCAUGACCCGCACCUGAUCAUCUGCCCCCUCUCCGUGCUUUCAUCAUGGCAAACCGAAGCUGCUCGCUGGCUUCCCUCCUUCCGCACCAUCCGCAUGCACGGCGCUGCCUCCGAGCGCGAACACAUCAAGAACGACCUCAAGUUCUCGUUGGAUACGAAAGGCGAGAAGGUCGACCUCGUGCUGACGACGUACGAGACGUUCGUCGCCGAGUCCUCGUGGUUCAAGACGCGUCGCUGGUUCUACUGUGUGCUUGACGAGGGCCACAGAGUCAAGAACGCGGAAACGAACCUUGCGGGGCAGGUGCAGGGUAUCGGGGCACUGCAUCGAUUGAUCCUGACCGGCACUCCCCUGCAAAAUAACCUCACCGAGCUCUGGUCCCUUCUGCACUUCCUUCUCCCUGUGGUGUUCACCUCCGCCUCGCAACGCCUCUUCCACUCCGCUUUCGACCUCACCAAGGGCACAUACUCCCUCCCGUUCCUACGCGCCGCGCAGACGCUGCUCGCGACGCUCAUGUUGCGCCGCACGAAGGCGAGCAUCGAGGCGGAGCAGGGUGGGCUGGGUGUGCCGCCGCGAGAGGAGCGGACGGUGUGGGUGCCGAUGACGGAGGCGCAACGCUUCUGGACGUAUAGGAUUUUGACGCGGAUGGAUACGUUGGAUCUUGGGGAGAUUUUUACGAGUGCGAGUUCGGGCGGCGGUGUGAAGGGCGAGGUGAAGGGCGAGGAAGUGGGGAGGGAAGAGGAUGAGGGAAGGAGGGAGAUGAUGGGUGUUAUUAGGGAGAAGAUGAAGGUGGCUACGAAGGCGGAGGAGGCUAACAGGUGGCGACGACUCAUGAACCUCCUCAUGCAGCUCCGCAAGAUCUGCGACCACCCGUACCUUCUCGACGACGCUGCGCCCGAGCCCUACGUCAACGGCGAACACCUCGUCGCGUCCUCGUCGAAGAUCAUCGCCAUCGACAAGCUCCUCAAGGAUAUCCUGCCCAAGGGCGAGCGAGUUCUCAUUUUCUCUCAAUGGGUAACGAUGUUGGACCUGCUCGAGGACUUCAUGCACCUCCGCGGGAUCCCGUAUGGCCGUCUGGACGGGAGCACGGUGCGUGCGAGGAGGACGCUCGAUAUCAAGCUAUUUCAGCAGGAAAAGUCGCCAUACCAGGUGUUCCUCAUCUCGACCAAAGCCGGAGGCCUCGGCAUCAACCUGACCAAAGCCUCGACCGUGAUCAUGUGCGACUCGGACUGGAACCCGCAGAACGACCUGCAGGCAAUCGCGCGCGCACACCGCAUCGGCCAGACCAAAGUCGUCAAGGUCUACCGCCUGAUUUGCGCGGGCAGCGUCGAGGACCAGAUGCUCGACCGCAUUCGGCGCAAGCUGUUUUUGUCGGUCAAGGUCAUGGGCUCCACGGCUGACCCGUCGUCGUCUCCUGCGGGCGGGGAUAAGGACGGGGAGAAGAUGGGCACGUCGGAUGUGUUGGAUAUUCUCAGGAAAGGCAGCAGCGCGUUGGGGGAAGCGGGGAUGGAGCUGAGUCGGUUUUUGGGUGCUUCGUUCGGCGAGGUGUUGCAGUAUUCGAAGGAGAGGGAGGAUGCGAGGGAUGCGAAGAUCCGCAGGGAUGUCUCUUCGUCUUCAGUAGGUCCAGGUUUGGAGGGCGUGAAGAUGGAAGAUGGCGUCCAGUCCGAGCCGAACAAUGGCGCGGACGACAAGACCCUUGUAGAGGACGCAGAGGCAGAGGAGCGCCGUUUGCUCAGCGGGAUCGCCCAGGUGCAGAGCAGGCUGUUCGAGGGUCGGGUCGUAGGUGGCGCCAGCACCAAAAACGGGCGGCAGGACAACAAGCAGCUCGCGAAGGAGUGGAACGAACUGCAAAAACGUGCGAGGGUGGAUAGGCUCGUCACCGUGAAUGGGAUCCAGGUCGUCGCGGAGAAUCUGGGGCAGAGUGCGCCCGCGGUUGUGAUAUCCCAGCAGAAGAAGAAACGUGCCAAGUGGGAGACCGAGGAUUGGUGUCUCCACUGCCGAGACGGUGGCGAGCUCGUCGUGUGCGGCCUGUGUCCUCGAGUCUUUCACGGUCGCUGUGCAGGCUACACGGCCGCUGAAGUGCGCCGUCUUCCACAGCUUCAUUGCAGCCAGCACGAGUGCUGCCAGUGCAAACGCAAGACACAAGAAACGGGCGGCAUGCUCUUCCGCUGCCAGACAUGCCCGCAGGCGUUCUGCGAGGACUGUCUUCCCGAAGGCGAGCUCGACGCUGUUGGCGAUACUCUUCCCGAGUUCUUGGCCCUGGGUUUCGGCACGCGGAUGGGCGCAUACUACAUCCGGUGCGCGGAUUGUCAUGCACACUGGGAGAAGAACCCCAAGGCGCGGAAGAGCUGGGAGGAGGAGAUGCGUGAGACGGAGGCGAAGCUUGCGAGCAUGGAUCCUGCAGAUAUCCCUUAUUGAACUUUGCUUUCCUUGGUUUCUUUGUUGAUUCGUUGACAUGUAGAUUGACUUUUGGUGACGGUCCAGACUUUGCUUAAUACCUCUUGCUGUAGCUUACUAUACCUUUUGUAUUCUCCAUGCGCUCAUAAUUACCUGUUAAUCAUGCUGUAGAUCAUACUGGCUCGUCUCGUCUAUAGAUUGCCUUUCGCUCGAUGCUU